GCUGCGGGAGUCGAUCCACCGCCGUCAGCGGACGGGGCGGGGAUCCUGGUGCCAGGUCCUCGCCUACUCGCCCCCCGCCGCCUCCGUCUGCUGUACUGACUCGGCCCGACUGUCAUGGAUCGGGGCGGGAUCUCCGUCUGUUCCCUCUGAGGCGCAUCGCCUCCCCCUCCACCGCCGCCUCCGCUUUCUGAAGCCUCCUCAACCCCCGCCGCCAACCGGAGCCCUUCGCCUCUGGCAGCCCGCCGCCGCCCCCCGGCAGGCUCGAAUGCGCGUCUAGUGAAGGUGCAGGCCCGGCGCCGCCGCUGCCGCAGCCGGGAAAUGGUUCGGGCCUAGCGGAGCCGGGACUGGAGCAACAUGAACCUUGAAGACCGGAAUGUGCUUCGUAUGAAAGAACGGGAAAGGCGGAAUCAGGAAGUUCAGCAGGGCGAGGACGCCUUCCCUCCCAGCUCUCCUCUCUUUGCUGAGCCAUACAAAGUUACCAGCAAAGAAGACAAGUUGUCAAGUCGCAUUCAGAGUAUGCUUGGAAACUACGAUGAAAUGAAGGAUUUCAUAGGGGACAGAUCUAUACCAAAGCUUGUUGCAAUUCCCAAGCCUACAGUACCACCAACAGAUGAAAAAUCCAACCCAAAUUUCUUCGAACAGAGACAUGGAAGUUCACAUCAGAGUAGCAAAUGGACUCCAGUAGGACCUGCACCCAGCACUUCUCAGUCUCAGAAACGGUCCUCGGGCUUACAGAGUGGACACAGCAGUCAGCGGACCAGUGCAGGUGGCAGUAGCAGCACCAGUAGCAGUAGCCAGAGGCAUGAUCGUGACUCAUACAGUAGUAGUGGGAGCAGUAGCCGGAAAAAAGGCCAGCAUGGGUCAGAACACUCCAAAUCACGCUCUUCCAGCCCUGGAAAACCCCAGGCUGUUUCUUCAUUAAGUUCCAGUCAUUCCAGGUCUCAUGGGAAUGAUCAUCAUAGUAAGGAACAUCAGCGUUCCAAAUCACCUCGGGACGCUGAUGCAAACUGGGAUUCUCCUUCCCGUGUACCUUUUUCAAGUGGACAGCACUCAAAUCAGUCUUUCCCCCCUUCCUUGAUGUCAAAGUCCAGUUCAAUGUUACAGAAACCCACUGCCUAUGUGCGGCCCAUGGAUGGACAGGAGUCCAUGGAACCGAAGCUGUCCACUGAGCAUUAUAGCAGCCAGUCUCAUGGCAAUAGCAUGACUGAGCUGAAGCCUAGCAGCAAAGCACAUCUCACCAAGCUAAAAAUACCUUCCCAACCACUGGAUGCAUCUGCUUCUGGUGAUGUGAGCUGUGUAGAUGAAAUCCUUAAAGAGAUGACGCAUUCAUGGCCUCCCCCUCUAACGGCUAUUCAUACACCAUGCAAAACAGAACCUUCCAAAUUUCCUUUUCCAACUAAGGAAUCUCAACAGUCCAAUUUUGGCCCUGGAGAACAAAAAAGAUAUAAUCCUUCUAAAACAUCAAAUGGGCACCAGUCUAAAUCUAUGUUAAAAGAUGACUUAAAGCUAAGCAGCAGUGAAGACAGCGAUGGGGAACAGGAUUGUGAUAAGACCAUGCCAAGGAGUACACCAGGAAGUAACUCUGAACCUUCGCACCAUAAUAGUGAAGGAGCAGAUAACUCCAGGGAUGAUUCCAGCAGCCACAGUGGAUCUGAAAGCAGCUCUGGAUCUGACUCAGAGAGUGAAAGUAGUUCGAGUGACAGUGAAGCAAAUGAGCCAUCCCAGAGUGCAUCUCCUGAGCCUGAACCACCACCAACAAACAAAUGGCAGCUUGAUAAUUGGUUGAAUAAAGUGAACCCACAUAAAGUAUCACCGGCUUCUUCUGUGGACAGCAACAUCCCUUCAUCUCAAGGGUAUAAAAAGGAGGGCCGAGAACAGAGCACUGGGAAUAGCUACACUGAACCAGGUGGACCUAAAGAAACGAGUUCUGCUACUCCUGGACGAGACUCUAAAACCAUCCAAAAGGGAUCAGAAAGUGGACGUGGGAGACAGAAGUCUCCUGCUCAGAGUGACAACACAACACAGAGGAGAACUGUAGGCAAAAAACAACCCAAAAAGACUGAGAAAGCAACUGCUGAAGAGCCUCGUGGGGGCCUGAAGAUAGAAAGUGAAACCCCAGUGGACAUGGCUGCCAACAUGCCCUCCAGCAGACACAAGGCAGCCACCAAAGGCUCGAGGAAACCUAAUAUAAAGAAAGAGUCCAAAUCUUCCCCUCGGCCCACCACAGACAAAAAGAAAUACAAAUCAACGAGUAAAUCUUCCCAGAAAUCAAGGGAAAUUAUAGAAACAGAUACCUCAUCCUCAGAUUCAGAUGAAAGCGAGAGCCUUCCUCCUUCCUCCCAAACUCCUAAGUAUCCUGAGAGCAGUAGGACUCCCGUUAAGCCCUCCUCAGUGGAGGAAGAAGACAGCUUUUUUCGGCAACGAAUGUUCUCUCCUAUGGAAGAGAAGGAACUUCUUUCACCCCUUAGUGAGCCUGAUGACAGGUAUCCACUUAUUGUGAAGAUUGACCUGAAUCUCUUGACUAGAAUACCAGGAAAGCCUUACAAAGAAACAGAGCCACCCAAGGGGGAAAAGAAAAAUGUGCCAGAAAAGCACAUGAGAGAGGCUCAGAAACAACCCUCAGAAAAGGUUUCCAACAAAGGCAAGAGGAAACAUAAGAAUGAAGAUGACAACCGAGCCAGUGAGAGCAAGAAACCCAAAACCGAAGAUAAGAGUUCGGCAAGCCACAAGCCAUCCAGCAGUAGAGAGUCUUCUAAGCAGAGUGCUGCAAAAGAAAAGGAUUUGUUGCCUUCUCCUGCCGGGCCUGUUCCUUCAAAAGAUCCAAAACCAGAGCAUGGCUCUCGGAAGAGGACUGUUAGUCAGUCUUCCUCCUUAAAGUCAAGCAGUAAUAGUAACAAGGAAAAUAGCAGCAGCAAAAGCAGUUCCUCUACAUCAAAGCAGAAGAAAACUGAAGGGAAGAGUUCCAGUAGCUCCAAGGAGGUCAAGGAUAAGGCUCCAAAUAGCUCCUCUAACUGUCCUCCAUCCACACCAACUCCUGAUGCUUCUAAACCUCGGAGGACAAAGCUUGCUUUUGAUGACAGAAAUUAUUCGGCAGACCAUUAUUUACAAGAAGCAAAAAAGCUAAAGCACAAUGCAGAUGCAUUGUCUGAUAGGUUUGAGAAAGCAGUAUACUAUCUUGAUGCUGUGGUAUCUUUCAUUGAAUGUGGGAAUGCAUUAGAGAAAAAUGCUCAGGAAUCCAAGUCCCCAUUCCUUAUGUAUUCAGAGACAGUGGAGCUCAUCAAAUACACUAUGAAACUAAAGAAUUACUUGGCACCAGAUGCUACAGCUGCAGAUAAAAGACUCACAGUACUUUGUCUACGAUGCCAGUCUUUGCUGUACCUAAGGCUAUUCAAACUGAAGAAGGAGAAUGCUCUGAAGUACUCAAAGACAUUGACAGAACAUCUGAAAAAUUCCUAUAAUAAUUCUCAAGCACCAUCACCUGGGUUGGGAAGCAAAGCUGCGGGGAUGCCUUCUCCUGUUUCUCCAAAACUGUCGCCUGGCAAUUCAGGAAAUUACUCUUCUGGAGCCAGUAGUGCUUCAGCAAGUGGUUCUUCAGUGACCAUUUCACAGCGGAUCCACCAGAUGGCAGCCAGCUAUGUUCAGGUUACAUCCAACUUCCUCUAUGCCACUGAAAUUUGGGACCAAGCUGAACAGCUUUCCAAAGAGCAAAAAGAAUUCUUUGCUGAACUGGAUAAAGUAAUGGGCCCUCUCAUCUUUAACGCAAGCAUCAUGACAGACCUAGUUCGUUACACCCGGCAGGGACUGCACUGGCUUCGCCAGGACGCCAAGUUGAUAUCUUGAACUGAACACAUUCUCGUUGCCUCUGAUUUUCUCCACAACACUGUGUCACAUCACGAAGGAAAACUGCCAUAACAUGCCACCUAGUCGACACUAAGAAUGAGGAAUGGUUUUCUCUUCCCUGGUUAAUAUGUUGUUAUUUUUUAUAAACCCAUGCCAUCAUGUCAAUUAAUCCUGUCAAUGUCCCUGAUAUGAAAAGUUACUUAAAUACUUCUAUGUCUUUAGCACAUUGAUAAAAUGGUUUCAUUUAUCUGUAAUAAUUUUGAAAUUCCAGUUGCAGUUCAUAACUAAUCAAUUGAAAUUCUAUUUAUUUGAAAUUUUUAAGUUCCCAGAUUGGGUCUAGUUUAAAGUUUAGUUAUUUCUACCUAUAAAUUUACUUUGUUAAAUAUUAGCAUAAAUUUAAUGUAG